GAGGAAGAACACCAGAUACCAGUUUCCUGGCCCAGUGACAGGCUGUGGAGAUUGCUGACAGCAUUCACAAGCUGGUCCUCGUCGAUUGUAAUAUGGAGUUGGAAUGUCUGAUAUUAGCAAUAAUCAGUCACGUCAUCCCUGUCCAGGGCAACGCAACCACAGAAGGCCUAACAACAUAUGAAGAACAAACGACAACAGAGGCAAUCAUUCCUGAAAUAACCAAAGCGCUGCCAGAGUUGUGUGUUCAAAACCCCAGUAAGUCGUACCUUGGUGCUGGAGUUGCCAUAGGUGUGAGUGUCAUGCUGAUCGUGGACGCCGUCUGUCUGGCUCUGGCGUUUAUCUACAAGGACAAACUAUUAGCCAGGAUAACAGGGACAAAGGAAACAAGCGAUACACAAAUGAGCAGAAUACCUAUAUCAUCCCCUGUGGCCACUACAACCAGAAACCAGGUACAACCACAAGAAGCGCAAACACCAGCAUCCAGCACUGAGUAUGAAGCGCUACAGAGAGAAAAUGUUGAUGCCCAUAACACAUAUGAGAAGAUGCACAUAUACCAGAACUUGUGAGCAUUUGGAAGAUAUACUCUGGGACCUCGAUAUCAGCGUGAUGUCAUCUGUCCCCAAUUUGUACGGAACACAGCCUGUUGGUUUAUAUAUUAAAUAUCAUGUUGAGAUGUAUUUGAUUUCACGAGCGAACCAUAUUCUGGAAGUGUACAUUUUACAGAGAACAUGCGGCACCAUCACGUUUACAGACCGUAAAUUGUCAACACAAAAUUCUCGUUAGUGUUGGUUGUGUUGGAAGAUAAACAAACCCAGUAAAUGAAUAGUCCACUAACUAUUGUGAAAUUAGAAGAAAUGCCUUCUUAUACAUCCACAGAUAUGAUCUAGAAAGUAUGUGUGUAUGUCUUAUAUGGUACGUUUCUACGCAAACAUGGUGAAAUGUAUAUAUCAAAGUCUGUUCAUCAUUUCUAAAAGCAAUCGAUUUGAAAUUGUUUCAUAAGAUUAAUGACUGCAAAA